AUGGCCGACCUCUCGGCCCUGACCGACUCGGCUGCUGAAGCCUUGCCUAUCGACGCUGCCGACCACGAAGGCGAUGCGACCGACACCAACGACAACGACAACGAUGGGGACAAUGACGGCGACGGCGACAACGACGCUGCCCCAUCAACGUACAAGGUCAUCUGUGAAGCUGCUCCACCAGAGCGACGCUUCCCCUCGUUCGAGGCAGCGAUAGAAUUCGGCAACGCAUGGUCGCGCGACAGCGGCUUCGACCUCGUCCGCAUCAACAAAGGCAAGCAAGGCCGCAACCCCCAAGGCGUCACAUACAAGUUCCUCUGGGAGUGCAAGCGUCAUGGCAAGCCUGCAAAUACACGCAAGCUGACUCCGGACCGCCGACAACGCGCUGCUCGAGGCUCGGUGAGGAUUGGCUGUCGCAUGCGCAUCGUCCUCGUCGCCGUCGAGCCUCAGGUGCCUCAGGGCGAGUGGCAGAUCAGACACUGCGGGCGCAACGGCCACAACCACGGCCCGGACAAUGCAGAGUCGUUCCCGGCCGUCCGCCGUCGCACUCGCACACACGAGAUGGAUGUCUUCAUGGCUACUCAACUGCGUCAAGGGCUGUCGAGGUCGGAAACGCUGCAGCUUGUCCGCCAGCACUGGCCAGACGCCCUCGUCACUCGUCAAGACAUUGGCAAUUUUGCAAAGACGUUUGCCCAGAAGAUUGGUGCCUCCUCCAGACUGACGCCUGAAGCCACUCCUGACAACUCGCCCAUGCCGCCCGUGCCUACUGCGAACGCACAAGUCAUUCCUAACCCACCUCUGAAUGUUCACCACGCCCAGAUGCAGCAUUCACAAGCCCAGCAAACUCUGGCUCACACUCACCAGCACCCCAUGCAACCACUAGGAAUGCCCAUGCAACAGCCAAAUCCCGAUGCCACUCGAGCUGCCUACCAGGCUGGCUAUCAAGCUGCCGUUGAGCAACACCGCAUCAACAGCGAUCUCAAUCACCGUGUCGAGGCUCUUGAAAGCUCGAUACAAGUACAAGACCGCAUCGCCUCGCUCGAACAAACCGUCAACAACUUGACUCAACUCAUCAUGGGCGGUUACAUGCCCCACAUCCAGCAUUCCCAGUCUUGA